GAAAGAUGGCGCCCACACACGUACUGAGAUGCUGUCAACGGGGCUUAGCAUGGAUACCUGUGAUUUUUAUCGCCCUGGUCGUCUGCUGGUCGUAUUACGCUUAUGUGGUGGAGCUUUGUAUAUUCACCAUCCCAAGUAUAGGAGAGCAGAUUGUCUACCUGAUCUUCUUCCACCUCUCUUUCAUCAUGUUUGUAUGGUCUUACUGGAAGACCAUCUUCACCAAGCCUGCCAACCCCUCCAAAGAGUUCUGCCUCCCCAAGGCUGAGAAGGAGCGUUAUGAGAAGGAAGAACUGCCAGAGUCCCAGCAAGAGAUCCUGUGGAGAGCAGCCACCAGUCUGCCUCUGUACACCCGCACAGGAGCCGGAGCAAUCCGUUACUGUGACCGCUGUCAAGUUAUUAAGCCAGACCGGUGUCAUCACUGCUCCGCGUGCGACAUGUGUGUGCUGAAGAUGGACCACCAUUGUCCCUGGGUGAACAACUGUGUGGGAUUCUCCAACUACAAGUUUUUCAUCCUCUUCCUGGCCUACUCGCUGGUGUACUGUUUGUUCAUUGCGGCCACCGUGCUGCAAUAUUUCAUAAAGUUCUGGACACUUUGCCGGAGGAAAUCGGCAGAGAACUGCCCAAAGAAUGAGCUGCCAGACACUCACGCCAAAUUCCACGUCCUGUUCCUUUUUUUUGUGGCAGCCAUGUUCUGCAUCAGUAUUCUGUCCCUCUUCAGCUACCACCUGUGGCUCGUAGGGAAGAACAGGUCCACUAUAGAGGCGUUCAGAGCACCUGUUUUUAGGACAGGCUCUGAUAAGAACGGCUUCUCUCUGGGUUUCCGGAAGAAUAUCGCUCAGGUCUUUGGAGACCAGAAGAAGUACUGGCUGCUGCCCGUCUUCACCAGUCAGGGAGAUGGCUUGACGUUCCCUACACGGCUGGUCAACUCUGAUGUAGAGCAGGCCACUGUGACCUUGCAGCCAGAGCCCAGUAAAAGUGCUGCUGAGGUCCCCGUGAGCCCUCUCAGUGAGUCACAGAAUCGCCUCCUGAGCAACGACCAGCAUGCCAACAACAUCGGAGAGCAUUUGGCUAAUAACACCCUCAAAUCAGCUGAAAGUGAAACCAUUACAAUCUCUGUGGAGAGCGAGUCCUAACCAGGUGAAUAUGAGUAAACACACUUCACUCUGAGAAACUCCUCAGUCAUCUAAUAUGAUGCCUUAAGCAACAGCAACAGUUUAGUUUGUCUCCGUGGCAACCGUCUCCCAGCGCAACCUCAUCCCCACAGACCCAUUCAGAGUAACUAUGGAAAAGCAUUAGUUUUUUUGCCCAUCGCAGCACAGUAAUGCAUCUAUGGCAUUGGCAUUUUUGCAUGCAGUGCAAAUCUCACCUACCCCCACAGGACAGACUGGUUCGCUCUCACACCAACGCACACAUGCUAAUAGUCACACAUUCAAAUCUAUACAUAUUUCCUUGUCUUAUUUCGAUUUCUUUUUCACACAACUUGAGCGUUUAUUUGAUGAUGAGAAAAUUGAAGAAUCCUGGAGGGAAUAUGUGCUACGUUUGGUGUUUUUAGUGAGAGAACUUUUUUGUGCCAAAAGCUUCCUGGUCGCAUCAGGAAAUGUUUUAUAGGCACAAAGCUGCAGUGAAGAGUGGGGGACGAGCUGGAGCAGCGCGUUCUUGUUUUGAACAUCUCUCUCCGUGUUUUUAGAAAGGCAGUACAUCCCGUGGAGAUGGAUCAGUUUACUUUGCGUGACUUUUUUUUUUUGUCUUUUUUUUUUUUUUAACUCAUAAUGUUGGGGCGCAUCUGUGGUCCGCACCUUUUGAGAUGGAUGUUUCCCACCAAAACCUGGACUAUCUUACAGAGGACUCUACUGCAUGGUUCAGUGGACUGAACCAGCACAACACAGGGAAGACUGUAGCUGGGUUUUGGAUGGAGUUUUGGAUAUCAGAGCACAAGAUGGCACAUUUGCACUUUGUAGAUUAUCAAUGUCCAUCAAACAACGUGCUGCUUUCUUAUCAUGUCCAAAAAGCAUCCUGGGUAUAACGGAUGUUGGAUGUUCAUGUGAUUUAUGGCGUAUUGUUUGUGUGUGCGAAUGUGUUUAACAGUUAAAGUGGCAGUCUUUUUUUUUUCUUUUUUUUAAAGAACUAACAGACUAAAAGAAUCUGUUUUAUGUGCUUUUGUGGCCAACUUGUGUUAAAACAUGCUGCUUAUAAAUGGACAGUUUGACCUGGGAGAUGUAUUUCACACAGCGCAAUGUGCGGCGUCUGUCACUACCUGUUCUCUUAAGGUCAUUUAAUUAUGUCAUAUGCCGAUCAGUGAUUCUCAGCCCACAAUGUCAACGUUCUGUUUUUCUACAGUUUCAACCUUUACUAUGACACCAACACUCAUUGCCAAAUAAGGGCUGACCUGUCAGGAGCUCUGACCUCUGAACCUGAAGUGUUUACAACAUCCUAGCUUUAUCUUCACUGGCCAAUUUCAUCAUAACCAAAUUCUUUUUACCAGUCGUUGUGGCGCAAUAUUUUCUACAAGGUUCAUCUGUUCCUCCUGCCUGUAGUGGGCCAUGAUGUCCUUGCAAUACCAGUGCUGGCCAACAGGUGGCAGCAAUGCUCUUCUUAUCUGCCCUCAUUCAGAUGGAGAUUUUUCUGAACUUUAUCAACAUGUGGCUCAGGGCUCAAUUCACUUUCAGGUUAAUUUGCAGGUGCAGCAUUCUUCAGAAUUAAAUAUUUUCGUAAUAUGUCAUUAAUAUGCAUCAUUUUCCUAUAAUAACACCCUAACACCCACAUUUGAUUUCAAAUGAAAGUGAAUUGAACCCAUCUGAUAUACUGUAAAAUAGUCGGUAUAGCUUCUGCUCACCUUGCGUUCUCUGUGCUUGCAGAGUGAGCUCAGUUUUGUGACCUUGAACUGUUAAAGGAGCCUCAGCAUGUGUAAAACUUAACAGUGAACUGUCUUGCGUCUGGGUUAAACAUCUGGGACGUGACUUAAAGUCUAACAACAUCUGUAAAGGAAGAGAGAUUCGAUUUCAUGACUUCUACAUAACACACCUUGUGAGUAACUGUUUGAGAAUGGACUAUUUUAUCAGUAUAACCAAAUAACAAUUGUUCAGGAAUGAGUUACAUCCUUUUCCAAGGAAUUUUGUUAUUUAUAUGCAACUUUCCGAUUCACAUUGGAGGGAGACCCAGAAAAUUCCUGAUGUCUGUCAUUGCUCAUGUCUACCUGAUCACAUCCCUGACUAUUGCUGGAUGAGCCUCCUACUAACCAGAUCCCACCAGACUCCUGUGAUGUACAAGUUUACAGCUGUUUCUAUCGUGUAGAGUGAGUUAGUGGUGUUGUACGGUGUGUUUCUUGGUAAUCAUUGUCACAAUUGUGCUGAAUGUGCUACAGGUGGGACACUGAGGGUAUUCGAUCCAAUGGUGGAGCAUUAAAAACUGCUCGCUCUUUGGAUUUUAUGUUUACGUUUGAUCCUUCCAAUCAUGUUUGACCUUUUUUUUUUUUUUUUUUUUUAAGUGUUCUUUUUGGCUUAUUAUUGCCUUUAUUUGAUUGGACAGCUGAAGACAGACAGGAAAGGGGGGCAGAGAGAGAGGGGAUGGCACGCAGCAAAGGGCCGCAGGUCGGAUUCAAAUCCUGGGCCGCUGCAGCAAGGUCUCAGCCUCUGUACAUGGGUCGCCAGCUCUACCCACUGAGGUAACCGGGUGCCCAUGUUUGACCUUUUGAGCCCAAGUGUAUUUAUAAUUACUCUUUACAAACAGGUGAUUGGGGGAUAUUAUAUGGAUUAUGCUCACAGUGGCUAAGUAUCAGAAUCACACUGUGGUUUGAUCUCAGUUUAGCAGAUUCAAUUACUGUCAGAGAUCAUGAUCCAAGCCAAGGUUGCGUUCCGAUCAUGUAGAUUUUUUCUAAACCUCAUACAUUUAGUUAAAGAAAAAGACAAAAAAAUGACUCGUAUAAUCUGCAAGGAACCUGGCUUGUUCCACACGUCACUUACGGCCACUGAUUCUGAAACAUUGGACCUGUUGUCUUGUUGUUUUACAAAUUGCCUAUAUUCUCUCUCUGGGCUGUUAGGCCUUGAGACUAAAGUGCGCGUGUGUAUUUUGUAAUGCUUAAUUGAGUGUUCUUUUGUAAUAUUGUCGUCUUGGGAGAAAUGCUUCUGUGCAGCCAUGAGAUUUUUACAUCUGUGUACAUACAUAACGUCUGACUAAUGCUCAAAAAGCAUGGCGCCUAACUUAUGUAAAAUUGUGUUUUACCGUGAUAACAGGAAUUUGGGGGUUUUUCAACUAUUGCUAGGUGCGUCAUGUUUUAAAUUAGCUUUACUCUGGUUUGUCUCAACUUUAUAAAUGAAGCCAUAACAACUCCUGUGAAAACGGAGGAAGGAUCUAAAAAUUUCAGUCUGAUUUCUGUCGACAAAAACAUUUUACAUCUGUAUUUACCUUGCAGAUGUAGCCUAUCAUAGCUCGCUUAUUGCUACAUUUUGGUUUCUUUUUGUUACAAUGUCCUAUUUUACAAUAUGUGUAUAUAUAUUGAUAAUGUAUGAAGAAGACUACAUAUAUUUUUCUUGUCUGAUUAAUUUUACUGUUCCUAUUUUGUGAUGAAAGUACAUGCCUCCACACAAUUAACGUGAAAAUAACAAUAAAUGUUUUUUUAAACCUCCA